AUGCGGAAGCCGUGGGCAGGUUCUUUGCUCGAGUGAGAACAUAUGGGCAGCCUCAGCACAUGUCCUUCACAAUGGCACGAUACUCCUCUUCCUCGUCGUCUGCUUCCUCUUCUUCAUGCGGUUGCUGCCGUCCCUGUUCACGGAUCUGCUCGAGAUCUUCAGCCUACACUUUGGCUUUGGGGCUGGGUUUUGUGACAUUAGGAACGAGUCGCAUCCUAUUACUAAAGUUCUCGGGCAAUGAAGAAAACAAAUAUGAUUAUCUUCCUGCAUCUGUGAAUUUAAUGGCAGAGGCCAUCAAACUAGUAUUUUGUUUGGUGAUGUCAGUACGGGUGAUUAUUCGAGAGGGUCGCUCAUUUAAAGAUUUAGGAUGUUCCUCUGGCGCCUCUUUUCUCAGUUACUUGAAGUGGUCUGUUCCUGCAUUCCUGUACUUCCUUGACAACCUCAUAAUCUUCUAUGUGAUUGCAUAUCUGCAACCUGCCAUGGCAGUGUUGUUCUCCAAUAUUGUUAUUUUUACAACAGCCUUUCUCUUCCGAGUGGUUCUGAAGAGGCGCUUGUCUUGGGUGCAGUGGGCAUCUUUGAUCAUAUUGUUUCUGUCCAUUGUGUCUUUGACCACUGGCAAUGGUGACCAGCAUGCCAUGGCCGUUCACGGCCUCCACCCAGCUCACAUCUCCACCCCCUCCAACAGCUGCUUAAAAUACACACAUCUCCAUCAAGUGCAUCAGAGCCACAAUGAAAGCUACUGGAGCCGGGAGUUGUGGGACAGUCAGCUCAUCCACAAGCUAAACAGCUUUGGCCUGGGUUAUGUUCUCCUGCUCCUUCAGUGCUUCAUCUCCGCUCUGGCGAACAUCUACAAUGAGAAGAUCCUCAAGGAAGGGGAGCAGCUGGUGGAGAGCAUCUUCAUCCAGAACAGCAAGCUGUACCUUUUCGGUUUAGUCUUCAACAGCCUUACGCUGCUCCUGCAUGCCGACUACCGCAAUUUAACACUGCAUUGUGGGAUCCUCUAUGGACACAAUGUCUUCUCUGUCGCACUGGGUUUCGUCACAGCCGCUCUGGGCCUGUCAGUGGCUUUUAUUUUGAAGUUUCGGGAUAAUAUGUUCCAUGUGUUGACAGGCCAGAUCACCACUGUCGUGGUCACCGCACUCUCUUUCUUCCUAUUUGACUUCCAGCCAUCGAUGGAUUUCUUCAUGCAGGCGCCUGUGGUACUUCUGUCCAUCUUUAUUUACCAUAGCAGUAAAAUGAAGGAUCCGGAAUACGCUCUUCAGCAGGAGAGGCUCAGAGUCAUUAAUGGCGAGGUGUUCGAGAGGUCGAGAGGGGACGGGGAAGAGUUGGAGAGGUUAACCAAGGCUAACACAGAGAGUGAAUCAGAAGAAGAGUCUUUCUGAGUGGGAUUUGAACUCCUUGUAAUUAACUAUGAUGGCAGCGCAUACCUAGAGACUGCUGGAUGGCCAUUUCCUGUCUGCGGAGCUGCAUGGAGUCGAUCAGGUCAUAGAUGAUGGCCAUGGACCACAUGGGUGACGGGUACCAGGAUUUGACAUUUCCGUCUUUUCCAACCAGCAGCAUGGAAAAGUACUCGGGGCUGAUCUGGAAGUAGUUUCUGAUGUCUCUUACUAGAGUGGCAGAGAUACCCUCACGCUCCACCGUUGCACUACCUGAAGUGGGUGUUGAAAAAAGGUGCGUAAGCAUAAACAACAAAUGCUGGAUGUACAUUAAACUGAGCUCUUUGUGCACCACAAAUGACUUAUUGGGGAUUUAAUUAAUGAAAUGCUGAACUCAUAUAAUUAUUAUAUUAGUUAUACGAGUUAUUUGGUUCAAAAUGCAGUCAUAUUGAGGGUUUUUACUAUUUAAAAUGACAUUUUAAAACAAUUUAAUGAGUGUUUCAUUUCCAUGAUUCCAAAGCGGAAUUUUUAGCUGAAAUCUUUAAAAUCUGAGGAACUAAUUAUAAGUAGGGAAGGGCAGCCUAUAUGUCAUUACGUUACUAUUGAGGGUCAACAUGUGGAGAUUGUAAACAGUUUUAAGUAUCUGGGAAUUAUUUUAGAAAGUGGCUUAAAUUUUGGUGAACACGCAGACUGUAUCUAUAAGAAAGCAACACAAAGACUCUUUUUAAACAAUGAAAUAGUUUUAAUGUUAUUAAGGGUAUUCUGAGAAAGGUUUAAUCUGGUUGAAAGUAUUAUCUCCUAUAAUAUUUCUUGCUGGUGUGAAAAUCUUGGAGCUAGAGGCAAGUAUAAACAUGCAAAGAUGGUUAAUAUGGCUAGUAAGAUCAUAAUGGACCCCCAGAAGUAGCUUGUGGAACUGUAUACAAACCAGACCAGAUGGAAAGCCUCACAGAUAGUUCAGGACUCAACUCAUCCUCUUUAUUAUGAGUUUGAAAAUCUUCCUUCUGUUAGAUGAUACAGAGUACCCACAGCAAAUUCAAAUAUUUUUAAGAAAUCUUUGAUACCGUCUGCUAUUACCUUACUGAAUAAAUGACGGUGAAGUUUU